AUGGCAGACGCGCCCACCAACGACGAGCUCUACCCCAUCGCCGUCCUCAUCGACGAGCUCAAGCACGACGAUGUUCUGCUCCGCCUGAAUGCCAUCCACCGCCUUUCCACAAUCGCCCUCGCUCUCGGCGCAGAGCGCACCCGGGAUGAGCUGAUUCCCUUUCUCGAUGAAUCGGUCGAGGAUGAAGAUGAGGUGCUCGUUGCUCUGAGCGAGGAGCUGGGCAACUUCAUCGAGUAUGUCGGCGGUUCCCAAUGGGGCCAUGUCCUGCUGUCGCCCUUGGAGAAUCUGGCGGCAAUCGAAGAGCCCGUUGUGCGGGAUAAGGCUGUCGAGUCUCUCAACAAAAUCUGCGAGCAGCUCUCGGCAAAACAGGUCGAGGACUACUUCGUCCCCUUGACCGUUCGGCUGUCCAAAGCCGACUGGUUCACAUCCAAGGUGUCGGGCUGUGGCCUGUACACCACUCCCUACAAGAAGGUGCCACCCACUGUACAGGAACAGCUCCGCCAGCAGUUCGGACACCUUGUCCACGAUGAGACGCCGAUGGUCCGGCGCCAGGCCGCCACACACAUGCCUGGCUUCGUCAAGGAGAUGCCCGCUGCUAUUGUGAUUGACGAGAUGAUACCCCUGUUUCAACAUCUGGCUCAGGACGACCAGGACAGCGUGCGCCUCUUGACUGUCCAGAUCCUUAUCGCCAUUGCCCAAGUUGUCCCGAAGGAGCAGCAGGCCAGCCACGGCGUUCUUCUGACGGCCCUCCGCAGCCUGAUAGAAGACAAGAGCUGGAGAGUUCGCUACAUGGUGGCGGAGCAUUUCGAAGAGAUCGCAAAGGCUGUGGACGAGGAGGUUGUGGCGAGAGAUCUGGUCCCGGCAUUUGUGAAGCUGCUGAAAGACAACGAGGCCGAGGUGCGGACGGCCAUUGCCGGCCAAAUACCCGGCUUCUGUGCCCUGGUGGACCGCGAGAUUCUCCUGAACGAGAUCAUGCCCAGUGUCGAGGACCUCGUGUCCGACACGUCGCAGCAUGUUCGCGCGGCUCUCGGCACACAGAUCUCGGGCCUGGCGCCAAUCCUGGGCAAGCAAGAGACUAUCGACCAUCUUUUGCCCAUGUUCCUCCAAAUGCUCAAGGACGAAUUCCCGGAAGUACGCCUUCACAUCAUCUCCAAGUUGGAGCUAGUUAAUAAAGUGAUCGGCAUCGAGCUUCUCUCCCAGUCGCUGCUGCCGGCAAUCGUGCAGCUGGCCGAGGACAAGCAAUGGAGAGUGCGGCUUGCCAUUAUCGAGUACAUCCCACUGCUGGCCAGCCAGCUGGGCGUGCAGUUUUUUGAUGAGAAGCUGAGCAACCUAUGUAUGGGAUGGCUCGGAGACACAGUCUUCUCGAUCCGGGAGGCGGCCACACACAACCUGAAGAAUCUGACGGAAGUGUUUGGCGUCGACUGGGCCAGCGAGGCCAUCAUUCCCAAGGUGAUGACCAUGGGCAGCCACACGAACUACCUGUACCGCAUGACGACCUGCUUUGCCAUAACGACGCUCGCCUCCGUUGUCAGCCUGAACGUCAUCGACAAGCACAUCCUUCCGAUGCUGGACAAGCUUGUUGUGGACGACAUCCCCAACAUCCGUUUCAAUGUGGCCAAGACGUACGGUGUGCUGAUCGACGUGCUUAAGCGGUUGCCAGACCAGGGAACACUGUACUCGCUUGAGAAGCAGGGCAGCACAGAAGCACCAUCGACAAAAGGGGCCGAGCUGAUUCAGAGCCGGAUCCUGCCGAGCUUGGAGAAGCUGCAGAAGGACGACGACGUCGAUGUGCGGUACUUUGCGACGACAGCGGCGGCUGUGGCAACAGGAGCUGUGCCAGGCGGAGACCCGAUGAAUACCUCUCCAUAG